AUGAUGAGCGAAGAACAGUUCAACAAGCUGCUCGAACGGCUGACUGGAAACGGAGGAGGAGCGUCGGUGGAAGAGAGAAGAACUCAGAAGAUAGACUCGAUCACGGCACGACUGAAGAGAUUCGAGUAUGACCCGGAGAAUGGGAUCACCUUCAGUCACUGGUACGAUCGGUACGGAGAGAUGCUGACGGAAGAAGGAGCGGAUCUGAACGAGGCGACCCGACGACGACUUCUCAUUGGCGCUCUGGGCGAGAUGGAGUACAACCGGUUCGCGAAUCGUGUGCUGCCGAAGAAGGUGAACGAGCUAUCUUGGAACGAAACCGUCAAAGCGCUGAAGACGUGUUUCGCUGCCACGAAGUCGGUGUUCCAAGAACGUUUCGAGUUCUUGCGAAUGUCGUAUUCCGCAGGUACGUUGAGUGAGUACACGGGAUUUGUGAAGGAGAAGUUCGUGAGGUCGCAGUUUGGCAAAAUGACGGAUGAGCAGAUUUGCUGCUUGGUGUGGACGCUGGGACUGAGGACCGACGAAACUGAGGUGAGAGUCAGAGCUCUACAAAUUCUCGAGACUAAGCCGGAUACGACGCUGGUGCAACUGGAAGAGCAAGUGACAAGAUUCCUGACAAUCAAGGCCGAUGCGAAGGCGAUCGGUGGCGUCACAGGGUCCCGCGAAAACUUCGAGGUCAACGCGGUGAGAGCGAAACCGAGGGACAAUGGUGUCCAGUCGGGGACAGCGGCUGCCAGCGGAAGUGCGACAACGUCGAUGCCCAGCUCGAAAAGUCGCUCGAAGAGGUGUGACAGGUGCGGCUGGAGGCACAAUCGAGGGAGUUGUUCCGCUAAGAACGCUAGGUGUUUCGAGUGCAACGAAAAAGGACAUUUUGCCAGAUUCUGCCCGAAUUCGAGGGAAGCGAACGGUCAAGCUUUGGUCGUGGGAUCGGUGCACGCGAGUAAGGAAUCGGUGAAGAUUCGAGAGAUGGUGAAGAUCAAGACCGUGCCUAUCCAGAUGAUGGUGGACACGGGCUCCGAUGUCACGAUGCUGAGCGUCAGCGACUGGGGGAAGAUCGGGAAGCCACGACUGAAAGCGGCGAGAGAGAAGAUCCUCACGGUCGACAAGAAGCCGAUGAAGAUUAUGGGAAGGUUCGAGUGCAACUUCAAAUGGAGAGGCUACGUGUAUCGUGGAAGAGCGUAUGUCGGCGCCACGACUUCGAUUCUGGGACUCGAUUGGAUCAACAUGAAUGGACCCUGGUUGCAAGCGUUCAUGGAAGGAAUCCCGGAAGAUCCUGUGCCGAAGAAGAAGUCUCCAAAGAAGAACUUUGAACUUUAA